GGCAGGGCAUGGCCUGAGCCACCCCCGCCGCUGGCACCAUGGCCACCGCCGGCGAUGCCGGCCUCGACGUGGCAGCCGUGGAAAGUUUCCUAGAGAGGCACCCGGAGCUGGUGGAGAAGUGGCUGAAGAGGAAGAACUCGCUCCCUGGAGCGCCUGCCCAACCCGCCGCCCCCGCUGCCGGCCCGUCGGAGGAGCGACGGAGCAGCGACGGCCCCGGCGGCGGCUGCGGUAGCGCGGGCGGUCCCGGCGGUCCCGGCCCCGGCGGUCCCGGCCCCGGCGGCGGGGGACUGCAGCGCCGAGCGUCCCAGAAGGAGCUGCGGAAGAGCUUCGCCCGCUCUAAGGCCAUCCACGUCAACCUCACCUACGACGAGCAUGUGCACGCCCGGGCGCAGGAGCCGCUGAGCAGCGUGCGGCGGCGGGCGCUGCUGCGGAAGGCCAGCUCCUUGCCCCCCACCACCGCCCACAUCCUCAGUGCCCUGCUGGAGUCCCGCGUCAGCCUGCCUCAGUAUCCCCCCACCGCCCUGGACUACAAGCGCUACCUCAAGGAGCACAACGAGCGCCAGUUCUUCCUGGAGCUGGUCAAGGACAUCUCCAAUGACCUGGACCUCACCAGCCUCAGCUACAAGAUUCUCAUCUUCGUCUGCCUCAUGGUGGACGCGGACCGGGGCUCCCUUUUCCUUGUGGAAGGAGCCGCCGCCGGCAAGAAGACCCUGGUCUCCAAGUUCUUCGACGUGCACGCCGGCACCCCCCUGCUGCCCUGCGGCUCCACCGAGAACAGCAACGAGGUGCAGGUGCCCUGGGGUAAGGGCAUCAUCGGCUACGUGGCGGAGCACGGAGAGACGGUCAACAUUCCCGACGCUUACCAGGAUCGACGCUUUAAUGAUGAGAUUGACAAACUGACUGGAUACAAGACAAAGUCACUCUUGUGCAUGCCCAUAAGAAACAGUGAUGGAGAGAUUAUUGGUGUUGCCCAAGCAAUAAAUAAAACUCCAGGAGGUGCCCCUUUUUCUGAUGAUGAUGAAAAAGUGAUGCAGAUGUACCUCCCGUUCUGUGGGAUUGCCAUAUCCAAUGCCCAGCUAUUUGCAGCUUCAAGAAAGGAAUAUGACAGAAGCAGGGCAUUACUGGAAGUAGUGAAUGAUCUCUUUGAGGAACAGACUGACUUGGAGAAAAUUGUCAAGAAAAUUAUGCAUCGGGCCCAGACUCUGCUGAAGUGUGAACGGUGCUCAGUAUUACUUCUGGAAGAUAUCGAAUCGCCUGUGGUGAAAUUUACAAAAUCCUUUGAGUUGUUAUCUCCAAAAUGCAGCGCUGAUACUGACAACAGUUUCAAAGACAGUGUGGAAAAAUCAUCUUAUUCUGACUGGCAUAAUAAUAGCAUUGCUGAACUCGUCGCUUCCACAGGUCUCCCAGUGAAUAUCAGUGAUGCCUAUCAGGAUCCUCGCUUUGAUGCUGAAGCUGACCAAAUUUCUGGCUUUCACAUAAGAUCUGUUCUGUGUGUUCCUAUAUGGAACAGCACCCACCAAAUAAUUGGGGUAGCUCAAGUGUUGAACAGGCUCGAUGGGAAAUCCUUUGACGAUGCUGACCAGCGACUGUUUGAAGCUUUUGUUAUUUUUUGUGGCCUGGGUAUCAACAACACAAUUAUGUAUGACCAAGUGAAGAAAUCCUGGGCGAAACAGUCUGUGGCUCUUGACGUGUUGUCUUACCAUGCAACAUGUUCGAAGGCAGAAGUUGAUAAAUUUAAGGCAGCAAACAUCCCUCUGGUGUCAGAGCUUGGCAUCGACAAUAUCCAUUUUGAUGACUUCUCACUUGAUGUGGAUGCCAUGAUUACUGCAGCCCUGCGGAUGUUCAUGGAACUUGGAAUGGUUCAGAAAUUUAAAAUUGACUACGAGACGCUGUGUAGGUGGCUUUUGACGGUUAGGAAGAAUUAUCGGAUGGUUUUGUAUCACAACUGGAGGCAUGCUUUCAAUGUCUGCCAGCUAAUGUUCGCCAUGUUAACCACUGCAGGAUUCCAGGAGAUUCUAAGUGAAAUUGAAAUUUUAGCUUUGAUUGUGGGAUGCUUAUGUCACGACCUUGACCACAGGGGAACCAACAAUGCCUUCCAAGCCAAGAGUGGAUCAGCCUUAGCUCAGCUCUAUGGCACCUCUGCUACCUUGGAGCAUCACCAUUUCAAUCAUGCUGUCAUGAUUCUCCAAAGUGAGGGUCACAACAUCUUUGCUAACUUGUCCUCUAAGGACUACAGUGACCUUAUGCAGCUUCUAAAGCAAUCGAUAUUGGCAACAGACCUCACUCUGUAUUUUGAGAGAAGGACCGAGUUUUUUGAACUUGUCAGUAGAGGUGGUUAUGACUGGAAUAUAAAAAAACACCGAGAAAUAUUUCGAUCAAUGCUAAUGACAGCCUGUGACCUUGGAGCUGUGACCAAACCGUGGGAGAUUUCAAGACAGGCAGCUGAGCUGGUAACCAGUGAGUUCUUUGAACAAGGAGACAGAGAAAGAUCUGAACUAAAACUCACCCCUUCAGCCAUUUUUGAUCGGAACAGGAAACAUGAACUACCCAGGUUGCAGCUCGAGUGGAUUGAUAGCAUCUGCAUGCCAUUGUAUGAGUGUCUAGUGAAGCUGAAUGUGAAACUGAAGCCUAUGCUGGACUCUGUGGCAGUAAAUAGAGGUAAAUGGGAGGAGCUGCACCAAAAAAGACUUCCUUCUCAGCAUAGUUUGUUUUUACUGUGAGGCUUAGUGGGACUGAAAGGAAGGUCUGCAGUGAGAUUGCGCUGGUGUCUGGAGAGACACGGAAGACUUAACAUAAGAAGCGUUCAUUCAGCUCCACUACAUUUCAACUGCUGCUGUAAAAAUCUGUAAAGCUGACAACAGACUGAAAUAUAAGAACUCACAUCUUAAUAAAAUUAAUAAUACAGAGCAGAACUGGGAUGCAAGCUGGCCAAUUCAUAUGCAAGGAGCUGCACAAAACAGAAUAGUAUGUAAUUACAUUGUUGUUUUGCAUCUCUUCAGUACAUGUUAUGAAUCAAUUAUGCCUGCUUUUGUGAUGUUCCUCUCCUACUCUCCCUCCUCUUUUAAGCCUGAACAUUCUGAAAAGCCUGCUUUGUAUUCUAAAGAAGUAUUUUUUUACAACAAAGCUUCUUAGUGAUUGAUCAGGGCUUUUAGAAUUGCCUACCUUUGCUACAUUUAAAAACAAACUUUAUUAUCUUUAAAAGCACCAAGCUGUCCCUUCUUCCCAGAGAAAUUCAUAUUAACAGAGCAGCAAAUUUCUCAGCAAGGGGAAGUUUGCACAAGGGCAAAAUAUUGCAUGGUAAUUUUAGAGUGGGUUUUUUUUCUUUUAAAAAAUGCUCUUUUAACACAUUCAUUUUUUUAAAAUUACAGUGUCCCCUAAGGAAAAGAUUAAUGGGCUUUUAUGAAAAUAGAGUACAAAUAAAAAAGGAAAUCUGUUGCCUUGUGCUUCAGGUUUAUAUUACAUUAAAAAGUGGACCACGGAUAAACCUUCCUAGUAUAAUUUUCAGUUGAAAUUAAUAUUUUGAAAUGGUGGAGAGGAAGAAUAUCAUCACACUGGACUGACUACCUCUUACUCUCUUGCAGGUCUUUCAGUACAAUUUCAGAUGCUAUUACUACAGCUAGCACUGCUCUAGUCAAGGCUCACAUGUAGCCAUCAGUGGUAAAGGUGUCCAUAAAAAUAUAAUCAAACAUGAUAGGUCACAAAACGAAACAUAUCCAGUUCUGUGUGAUGACCCUGGUAUUACCUGAAAGUUGAUCACUUUUUAUUAGUGCAAGGAUCACUAGUGUAGCAAACCUGUGAUCUAUGAUUUGAGAGUGCUUUCUCUGCUGCAUGACCGGACACAAAAGGAGUCAUGUUGUAGCGCUAACGACUGCCCAUUCAUGGGGGGGGAGAAAGCCUUUGUACUCCAUGAAAAAUGGGAUUCUAAAUAUAGGGUUGUCUGGCAGCAGAAAUUAAAGCUGAAUUCAGCUUAGUUUUACACCUGUGCCAAAUUUCAUUUACUUCAGUGGAAUUACCUUGAACUGGCACCAACUUAAUGGAAAUCAGAACCUGGCCCAGCUGACCAGAUGCUAAAAGAGCUUUCCUCCUUUCCAAGGAAAGUCAGUCGUUAGCGCCUUAGAAAAGCUGACUACAUCUGUCUCACAAUCAAACAGAAACAACAAAUCUGCUGAUCACUUCUUUAAAAGAAACACAACAAAACAAAAAGGCUCUGUGCUUCUAACCACAGUGUGUAGGACAAUAGCUGGAAAUUCAGUAGCAUUGUGAGCCAAUCUGUCAGUGCACAACAGAACCACAUCACUUUCUCUAGCAGAAAGAAGCAGGAAGGACCAGAAAUGCAGACUGCACAGCAGUGAGUACAUGCAUCAAAUGGAAAUGUUUCUGCUAUUCUUUUACCACUUCUUUCUUCUCUGAAUAAGGACAGACACAGUAUAGUAAGCAGCAAGCCAUACAAACUUAGAAUACAUACGUUAUGGGAGAAACAGAUACUAGGAACCAACAGUACUGCUGGCAGGUACACACAGAUUUCCUGAAUUUUGGUAUUGCAUAUUGUUAAGCAUAACAUAAUUUAUAAUGCAUACCCUACAGCCUCCCCGAAGGUUGAGUCUCCCCUCAUUUCCUCUCCUUUUUAUUGGCUUCAGUGCACUGUUGCCCAUGGCAACACCCACCGGCAGGGAUGGGGAUUCGGCACCACCGCAAGCUGACACACAGCUGAAGCUCUAACAAUGUCAACCAUCAAUCAAGUGACUGUUUGUAAUUGCCUCCAUCUAUUUCUCCUGUCUUUUGGUAUCUUUGCCAUUGUGGGUCAAAAUUCAGAAACUGCUGACUAAUGUUAUGGUUCUGCUCCUCCAUCACAAGGAAGAAAAUGAGAGCACACAGCUCGAUCUUAUCAAAUUGUUCUCAGGCGAAACGAAGCAACCCUGAUGAAACCGGGGGGCCCAGUAGUGCAUCUCAGAACAGCAUUUGAUCUCUGAAACUAAACAAACAAAAAUCUUAUAUUAUUUUUUAAAACAAAAACUGUUGGAGAGAAAAAGAAGAUUCUUUGUGGAAGCAUGCAGUACAGUUAAGAAAUGUAUUCCAAGCCUAUUAUAUUUUAAGAUGGUGGAAACCACUUUUUAGCUACUGCUCAUAAGCUGUCUCUAGACAGAAAUUGUAUCUGGUUUUCAGUAUUUCGCAGUAUUUCAGUCAGUUUUGCCAAACUCUUCCAAGAUAUGCACAGGAGAGAUGACUGUGUAGAUCAUUUAAUCUCAUUCUACAUCUUUUACUUGCUUCCCUGCCUGCUGAACAAGGAGACAUUAAAAAAACCAUUGAAAUCGGCUUAAUUCUGUGAGUGCAUAUAAAACAUGGGUCCACAAGAGGUGAGGACAAAUUAGAGGGCAUGUGCUUGGUCUUCCCCUGCAGAUGCCCAACACAUCAGCGACAGACAGAGAACCACUUACUUGCUCCAGCAGUUAGUGAAAAUUUGGCCUUAAAUGAGGCCUCUAGAAUUUACAAUUCCAGUGCUAAAAUGUGAUGAGCACGUAGAUUAUCCAUAGGAUCACACAGGCUUUGUUGUCCCCCAAAGGUGCUUUAAGCUGGUUCAAUAGCAAUGCUUUUUUUCUAGGUGUCCUACUGAAUUGUGCUAACUGCAGCCUGAAUUCAGUCAGGUUUUUAGUCCCAUGAAUUAGGCAGCCAGGCAGCAGCCCUCACUUUUUCACCAGAAAAAUGCUCAGGAGAAGAUCUGGAUCUUCCUCCCUAUCCUCAAAGAUGGUUCAGACCAAACAGUAAUUCCAUUCAGGAUCCCCACCUGUGAGACCACUUACUGAAAUCAACCUUUCCUUGCAAAAAAACCAACCCAAAACAACAAAACAAAUACAGAAUUGCAUAGGGUAAUCAGGGAAAAGCCUGACACUCACAUCCUCCUUGAUUUGCAGCAGGCUUUUGAACUGCAGGGGCAUCUUCCCCACCAGCCUGUGGGGAGUCACAUUGGUGGUCUUGUCUCCUGCCCUGCUGCCAAAGCCCCUUAUAUGUGCUUAGCACAGAGACAAGGAUGCCUGCUGGGUACAGCCCCAAUUUCUGCAUCACUCCUGGGAGAUGCACAGAGCAGACAGGCUUUGGUGGAAGAGCUCAGGAGAGGCUCAUAUGUACACCAUUCUGGAUUAAAGUGCUCCCCUACAACACGACACUGUGACCCCACCAGAAAACCGAACACUGUUCCAGGCAAGGAGCACGUGGGUAGAAGCUCUGCUGUGGCUCAGGCAGAAGGGUUUCCCACCUCCCAGGAAUGAGAUUCCCAAAAGGUGUCUUUGGCCAUAGUUCAAGUAGUAAAAUCAGACAAUUCUCUCCCAGCCUGGGACCUACAGACAAAUGACAACAGCUUUAUAACAUGAUGAAGAUGUAGACAUCUGCUUCUGUCAGGACAUGGUUUUGCUCCUGCUCCAAAGUCUCACAGGGUCAGGCAGCAGUAGCUCCCAGAAGUUUAAACUGGAUGUCUCAUGUGGCGGUGGACACAGCUCUCCAUGGAGCCAACCCUAUUUACAGGGCCGGGGUCUUGCCCAGAAGGUCAAUUGUAUAUUUUGUAAUCACAGAGCAGACAAGGAUGUUUCAUUUUAGCUCAGGUAUUUCUUCAGAUGGUGUCCUUGGUACAGCAGCUGCAUUUUUCUGGUCUGGUGACCUUGCUAAUUGCUCCUUCUUAGAGUGCACUGCAAUCUUAUAAUGUGCCUGUAGUUACCAACAAAGCCAAUACUAGUACUCACAAAUUAUUUUUGAAAACUGCAACCAGCAGUGCCUAAGGUCAGUUGUAGUAUUUAGAUGAAGUAAUCCUAGUCGAAAAAUAGGAGUGUUUCAGUCUACAGGCCAAAUACUUAUUUUCCCUUAAAACAAUUUAGUUACUGAUAGGUCACUUAUGCAUUGAGUGAAAUUUUAAAACAGGUUUAUUUCAAGGUUAUGUAAAAUACAUUAACAGACACUUCCAAUGCUGAAUGUUCGGGGCAAGAAAAUGUAGAGCAAGAAGGUUUUUCUUAUUGGCUUUGUCAAAGGAAUGAAAGAUUUAAAGAGUAAAGUCACAUAAAUGGUUUCUAACAUAGCAAUGAAGUGGGAGGUAUAAAUCAGCUGAAAUGAGAUACUCCAGAGAUUUCCAUCAUUUGAAUGUGCCAGUAUUGGAAUACAUACUGUAUAUUGCUUGUUACCUUUUCUUUCUUGGAUUAAUUUGUAUUUAAUUACAAAUUUAUAAGCAUGUUGCCACUGCAUCUUACAGUUGUAUGGGGAAUACCAUUAUAACCCCUGAACCUUUGCCUGUGGGAAACAACUGACACAUGCAGAGAAGUACCGUGUGUACAUUCUAAUGCGAAUCCCACAUACUUGCAAAAUGUGUAACUUUUUAACAAGACUUCUGCAUCCUUUUCCUUUUUUUUUGCAUUUUAAGACCAUUACUCUUAUUGUUUGCUUUAGUAGAUCAAACUAUGCUUAUUCAGUUUUUUAAAGCAUGUUUUUGAAAUUAAC